AAUGAAAUGGGCCUUUGGAUUGUUCCAAUGAUUGGGUGGCUAAGAUUCCUUAUCCACAAGAAAAUCCAAUGUUCCCGUUAACUCUCUCUCUCUUUCUCUUCGGACACAGUCACCUUCGUCUGGUCUUUGCGUCUGGCCAUGGAUGCUUCUCUCGUAAUUAAUCAGUCUCUGUCUCGCAUCAUCAAACUUUCCCCUAUUCCCAAAUCUAGUGCUCUCUCCCUUCAAUCCUUUACGAUCAGACAGAUCCGGAACCGACUGUGUUUCCGAGCCAUAUCUGCCGUGCAAAGGAACUACGAAACGGCCUCCUCCGUGGAAGACGAUGAGUCGUACGGAGAAGUGAACAGGAUAAUUGGAAGCCGGAUGGCGGGAAGCGGCGCCGCCAUGGAGUAUCUGAUCGAGUGGAAGGACGGCCAUUCGCCGUCGUGGGUCCCAUCCAGCUACAUCGCAGCAGACGUGGUGUCGGAGUACGAGACCCCGUGGUGGACCGCCGCGAGGAAAGCCGACGAACAGGCCCUGGCGCAGCUUCUGGAGUCGACGGAGGGUCGCGACAUCAACGCCGUAGACGAAAACGGCAGGACGGCGCUCCUGUUCGUGGCGGGGCUGGGUUCGGACAAGUGCGUAAGGCUUCUGGCGGAGGCAGGAGCCGACCUGGACCACCGGGACAUCAGGGGCGGGCUAACGGCGCUGCACAUGGCGGCUGGAUACGUGAAGCCGGAAGUGGUGGCGGCGCUGGUGGAGCUCGGGGCCGAUGCGGAGGUGGAAGAUGAGAGAGGGUUAACGGCGCUGGAGCUGGCGAAGGAGAUCCUGAAGACGACGCCGAAGGGGAAUCCGAUGCAGUUCGGGAGGAGACUGGGGCUGGAGAAGGUGAUCAGAGUCCUGGAAGGACAAGUGUUCGAGUACGCGGAGGUGCAGGAGAUCGUGGAGAAACGAGGGAAAGGCAAUGACGUGGAAUAUCUGGUCAAAUGGAAGGACGGUGGAGAGUGCGAGUGGGUGAAAGGCGUACACGUGGCGGAAGACGUAGUCAAGGACUACGAGGCUGGCCUGGAGUACGCCGUAGCGGAGAGAGUGAUGGGGAAGAGGAUGGGUGACGAUGGCAAGACGGAGUAUCUUGUGAAAUGGACUGAUAUGGCUGAUGCCACGUGGGAGCCUCAGGAGAACGUCGACUCUAGCCUUGUUCUACUCUACGAACAAGAGGCCCAGCCUCCUCCUAUUCACGGCCCACCUACUCAAUGAGUUCUGUUUUGUUUCUUUCUAAUGAAUUUGUUGCUUCUUCACUGAAAACAUUUUUUUACAAAGAAGCAUUUUAUUUGACGACUUGAUCAAUCUUGUUAUAACUUGUAUACAAAGCUUAGAAACUUAAAAAAAAAAAAAAUCACGUUCAGGAGGAGA